AUGUUGACCAAUCUCCUUUCAUCCUCGCUGCUUCUGGCGGCAUCCAUUGGCUCCGUCUGGUCCGCGCCAUCACCACACCCUGGCAAAUGGGGGAACCCUCAUCCAAAAGGGGCUCGCGCGAUAUAUUUCAUCACCAAUGAUGCCAGCAACUCUGUAGCAGCAGUGCCCGUUGCCGCCAAUGGCAUGCUCUCCCAAGGUUCCCUGACUCCGACUGGAGGGGAGGGAUCAAAUAGCAUCACUGCAGAGAAUGAGCCAGCAGCUCCUGACGCUUUGAUAUCGCAGUCUUCUUUGACAAUUGCUGGAAACAAUAUCUUCGCCGUCAAUGCUGGAAGCAAUACCUUGUCAAUGCUAUCGAUCGAUCCACGCGACCCGACGAAGCUCACCGUCGUCGGUGCUCCCGUCAGUCUCCCCGGCCAAUUUCCCAAUACUGUCGCAGCGUCAGCCCGCAAUCGACUUGUCUGUGUUGGGACCACCGGCGAGGUCAAUGGUGUUUCCUGCUCGUCCUUCUCAAGACAAGGUCUCGGUGCGAUGGACAGCUUGCGCUCCUUUGACCUGGUCCAGACAACUCCCCCUGUUGGUCCGACGAAUACAGUGUCCCAAGUCUUCUUCUCAGAGGACGAGUCUCGACUGUUCACGACGGUCAAGGGUGAUCCGCCCAACAACAACACGGGGUUCUUCUCAGUCUUCCCCGUGCAAGGAGGAAAUUGGCAUAUGAGAGCAAGCCUUUCGAUGACGGACACACGCAGCUCACCGGCAGGAACAGCCGUUCUCUUCGGCUCAGAAGUCAUUCGUGGCACGUCCAAUGUCUUUGUGACUGACGCGUCUUUUGGCGCUGCUGUUGUGUCCGUGGACCCAGCUAGUGGCACGGCGUCAACUGUGGCAAAGCAAGCGGUCGAUGGUCAAGCUGCCACCUGCUGGGCGGCCAUCUCUCCCAAGACUGGGACUGCAUUCGUCGCGGACGUGGGCGUCAAUCGUCUUGUGGAAAUGAGCUUGACAGAUGCCAGCAUCGUUUCGACUCUGGACCUAUCAGCAAAUGGAGACCCGGGACUCAUCGACUUGAAAGCGGCAGGUAACUUCAUCUAUGCUCUGUCUCCAGGUAAUGGAACCACCCCUGCCGCAGUGACUGUGGUGGAUGUCUCUGGAGGGCCGGGUUCGGCUAAGCAGGUUCAACAUUUCCAGUUGGACUCCAUGGGCGUCGACAAGAACGCGCAGGGUAUGGCUGUUUUCUAA